AAGUCACCACCAGGAUGAUGUAGUUGCCCUAGGGAUAAGCUAUGGUUUGCCUCUGUGCCCUUGGCUUCAUUGUAGCGGAAGCUCAGUGGACCUUGCCCUUGAUACCCCUCCUUUUUAAAGCCCCCCUCUCUAGCCUCUAUAUAGCUCUCAGGAUUCCCCAAAAGUUCCACUAAAGAGCUUUGUCUGGGAUUUUCCUACUAACUGCUGAUUCAUACUAGAAUGUGACUGACAAUAAGGGAAUAAGGCAAUCAGACAUAAGGACAAACAGAACAAGCUGGAGGGACAGUUAGGGGUAGGGUAACAGACCUGAAGGGCAGCCAAGAAAAUGAGGCUCAUGGUUCAGUACAACCACUGACUACUCACUGUAUGUGUUGCACAAGUUUUCCACUUCUUUGAGCCUCGGUCUCCCCAUCUAUAAGUUCAAGGAGGUGACACGAUACACUCCCACUCCCUCAGCCUGAGAUUCCGAGGGUACCCAGGGCCACAGGAAGUAUAUUACCUAUUGACCCUGUAUCAAAGACGACAAAUUCAGUGGCUGAUAACAACAUAAAUUUAUGAUUUUAGUGUUCUAGAGGUCAGAAUUCUGAAAUGGGCCAGCAGGGAUGCAUUCCUUCUGGAGGGUCACGGGAGAAUCUAUUUCUUGCCUCUUGUAGCUUCUAGAGAAUGCCUGCAUUCAUUGACUUGUAAUUGCAUCACUCUGGCUUCUGUUCCCAUUGUCACAUCUUCUCUGAUUCAGACACCCCGCCUCCUCCUUAUAAGGACCCUUGUGAUGACAUUGGGCCCACCUGGGUAAUCCAGGCUAUUCUCCCCACCUCAAGAUCCUCAACUUAAUCACCUCUGUGGAAUCCCUUUGAUAUAUAAAGUGACAUAUUUCAGGGAUUAGGGUGUGGAUAUCUUUGGGAGGCCGUUAUCUGUUGACCAGAGGGAGGCUGCGUUUUGCAAGGAGGUUCAGUAAAGCCUUGGGGGUGCUAAUGGGAAUCUACAGAGGCUAUACCAGCCAAUGAGGACAAUACCCUGGGCAGCCAAGACCUCCUGAGCCCAAAUUGCACCUGGCUCAGGUGUCCCCUUUCAGUAACUGCUGGAUGUGUCAGAACAGAGGCCAAGGAUGAGAUGGGACCAGGAACAAGGCACUGUUCCUGGAGUCUGAAGACCCAGGGUUCAGAUGCAGCUCAGCCAGUGACUUCCCAGGUGAUUGUGAAAAAGUUACUCUCCUCCUGGGUCAAAGGGGCCUGGCAGGUCCUUGCUGGUUUGCCUUACAGGACUCCCACAGUGGCUGUGAAGGUGCCCGGCCAAUUGUCAGGUGCACGUGGGGAUGCUGGUGGCUGUUGUCGUUGCUGGUAUUAUGGAUGAAAGUCAUGGGAGGGACUGAUAGCCUCGGAGAGCAAGAGGACCUGAAGAGAUUCCCAGAGUGAAAGAUCAGGAGGCCAGAGGACCUGAGAGGAAAGGCAACAGAGUGCUGCAGAGCUCCAUGACUGGGCGUGUCCUCCCAACAUGGCCACCCGUGCGUCCCCUCUGCCUCUCACCAUCGAGGUCGCCGGCCCUGAGAACAGCAGCUCCUUCUAUGACUAUGAGGACUACCUGGACGAGGUGGCCUUCAUGCUGUGCAGGAAAGACGAGGUGCUGUCCUUCAGCCAAGUCUUCCUGCCGACCUUCUACAGCCUGAUCUUUGUGCUGGGCCUGGGCGGGAACCUCCUCCUCCUCGUGGUCUUGCUGCGGUCCAUGCCGCGCAGGCGGAUGACUGAGGUCUACCUGCUGAACCUGGCCGUCUCCAACCUCCUGUUUGUGGUGACGCUGCCCUUCUGGGGCAUCUCCGUGGUCAGGCACUGGGUCUUCGGGAAUUUCCUGUGCAAGCUGGUGAGCACCCUCUAUAACACUAACCUCUACAGCAGCAUCUUCUUCAUCAGCUGCAUGAGCCUGGACAAGUACCUGGAGAUUGUCCGCGCUCAGCCGCACCACAGGCUGAGGACGCGGGCCAGGCGUUGGGUCCUCGCUGCCGUGGUGUGGGCAGUGGCCCUGGCUGUCUCUGUCCCUGACAUGGUCUUUGUGCGGACGCAUGAAUACCCCGCGGGGGUGUGGAACUGCUAUCCGGAUUUCGGGGGGCAUGGGACCACUUGGAAGCUCAUCCUCCGCUUCCAGCAGAACUUCCUGGGGUUUCUCCUCCCACUCUUGGUCAUGAUCUUCUUCUACUCCCGCAUUGCCUCUGUCCUGCUCAGGCUGAGGACCCCCGGCCAGGGCCGGGCUCUAAGGAUCGCCGUAGCGCUAGUGGUGGCCUUCUUCAUGCUGUGGUUCCCGUACAACCUCACCUUGUUUCUGCACUCGCUGAUGGACCUGAAAGUCUUUGGGGACUGCAGGGUCAGCCAGCACCUAGACUAUGCCAUGCAGGUGACAGAGAGUGUCGCCUUCCUUCACUGCUGCUUCACCCCUGUCCUCUAUGCCUUCUCCAGCCGCCGCUUCCGCCAGUACCUGAAGGCUUCCCUGGCCACGAUGCUUGGACGGCACCAGGCACCUUGCCCUGCCCAGGCCCCACUGUCCAGCUGUUCUGCGAGUAGCAGCCUCACUGCCCAAGAAGAAAUGACCAGCAUGAAUGACCUUGGGGAGAGGGGAGAGGCAGGCUGAGGACUCCCCCAACAAGAGGGACGUGGGGAAAAGUGAAGCCUAAGUGGCCACAUCACAGUCUGGUGAGAGUGGAGGGGACCCAGCUCAGUUGGGCAUCCACCUAGUUUUAUUUCCAAGGGCCUCGGUAACAUUUUGCUAAACCCAGUGGUGAGUCCUUAGUUCUCGGCCACCAGCAGCAUUAGCUCAUGCCUGCCUCCUUCCUCCACUUUCUCUAUUGCCUUCCAGGACAAAACCGCCUACAUGAAAGGUAGCAUUUCUCUAGACCUGCUCUAUCCAACACGGGAGCCACCAGCCACACAUGGCCCUCGAGCUCCUGGAAUGGGGCUGUCUGAAUUGAGACAUGCUGCAAGGGUAAAAAGUAUAUGCCAGAUUCUGAAGACAACAGAAAAAAAGAAAUGGAAAAAUAUUUCAUUAAUAGUUUUUAUAUCGAUUACAUAAUGAAAUGCUAGUAUUCGGGCUAUAUGGGGUUAUGUAAAAUAUAGUAUUAUAUAAAAUUGAAUUUUACUUGUUACUUCCUCUUGCAUGAGCUGCUGUAAUAGUUUUCCAGCUGCCGUAAUAGUUUUCCAGCUGCCCUCUGCGUUCCCUAUCGUCACUGUCUCCUAUCUAAUCUGCAUCCAACAGCCAGGGUGAUCACGACACCCUCAGCUAUCACUCCCAACUCCCUCAGAGAAGCCUGAGACCCUCCACCCACCAGGCUGCUCCCUAAAUCAGCUGGGAAAAUAUUAAUUAAUAUCACAGCCUUGGUGGUGACUCUAGGAUCUGGCAAUCAGGAGGGGCUGGAGACAGUCCACCUGGGAGCUGCCCAGGAACAGGAGUUCUCAGCGGGGAGGCAGAGUGAACACAUGUUCCCGGCAGUCCUGGACCAUACACCUCCCUCUGCCUCCCAUGCCCCCUCUCAGGACCCUUCAGGGCUCCCUGGGGCCUGCCCAAUCAGGUUCAGAACCUUUGUCUAACUUCAAGGCUGGCGCUUUCACAAGUAGAAUCCCAUAAACCGGUUCACCCUUACACCUGCCCUACUUCCUUUCUCAUUUCUUGGCUGACAGGCACCCCGGCUGUUUCCUGCAUGUUCCCACUUCUGUGCUUUUGUGCUUGCUGGCUCCCUCAAGUAACAGGGAUCAUGAUCUGAAGACACGAAGUAAAUUAGCCGAGGCUAGAAGUCAGGUUUCCAUCAUUUAAUCUACAUUUAGGAAAUGAGGGUGAGAAAUGAAGGAAUAAGAUACCAAACCCUGUGGGCUCCAGUCUGGGGAAGGGAGCAGGAGAAGGAAACCAGGACGCAGAAAGCAAGGGCACAUAGCAGACGUGCUGUGACACAAACGGUACUAAGGGAGCCCCACGCGGUGGAGGCCAUUUCUGGCCAGAGGGUGGAAUGGAUGAAAUCGAAGAUGGCUUUUGGGAAUAGCUGGCACGUCUGGGAAUAGGUUGGCAGUAAAAGCAAGCAACUGUGCUUUCCAAGCUGUUCUACUGGGGGAAACA